AUGGCGUUCUGGUGGCCGCUGCUGGUGCUCGCCGCCGCCUACGCGCUCUGCCGCGUCCUCCUGCUCCUCAUCCCGCCCACCGUCCCCUCCAUGGAGGUCGACGCCUCCGACGUGCUGGAGGAGGUGAACCAGAACAAGGAGGACAGCUUCAUCUACAUACCAAGGAAGGGGAAAGCUGCUCAGACUGACAAGGUUCGAUGCUACGAACCAGCUACCAUGAAAUACUUAGGAUACUUCCCUGCAUUGACUCCUGAUGAGGUCAGGGAGCAUGUUGCCCAAGCCAGUAAAGCACAAAAGAUAUGGUCAAAAAGCAGCUUCAAACAAAGGCGACAGUUUCUCCGGAUCCUUCUGAAGUAUAUACUUGAACACCAGGACCUGAUAUGCGAGAUAUCAUCCCGGGACACCGGAAAGACUAUGGUUGAUGCUUCAUUAGGGGAGAUAAUGACCACCUGUGAGAAGAUUACCUGGCUUUUGGAUGAGGGUGAGAAGUGGUUAAAACCUGAGUACAGGGCUUGUGGGAGAUCAAUGCUGCACAAAAGAGCAAAAGUUGAAUUUUACCCUCUUGGAGUGAUUGGUGCAAUCGUAUCUUGGAAUUAUCCAUUCCACAAUGUCUUCAAUCCUAUGCUGGCUGCAGUAUUCUCUGGUAAUGCUGCGGUUAUAAAAGUUUCAGAGCAUGCAAGUUGGUCUGGCUGCUUUUAUUACCGUAUCAUACAAGCAGCUCUAUUAGCCGUUGGUGCUCCAGAUAAUCUGGUCCACAUUAUAACUGGUUUCGCGGAAACUGGUCAAGCUCUUGUAUCUUCAGUGGACAAAAUAAUAUUUGUUGGAUCGCCUGGUGUUGGCAGGAUGAUUAUGCAAAAAGCAUCGGAGACAUUAAUACCUGUAACUCUUGAGCUUGGCGGUAAAGAUGCAUUUAUUGUGUGUGAAGAUGUGGAUUUACCAAAUGUUGUUCAAGUUGCUGUGAGGGCUGCGUUGCAAUCUAGUGGACAAAACUGUGCUGGUGCUGAAAGAUUUUAUGUACACAAGGAUAUCUAUCCUACCUUUGUUUCUCGAGUAGUGAAGAUAAUCAAAUCGAUAUCUGUUGGCCCUCCAUUAUCUGGCAGAUACGAUAUGGGUGCAAUCUGUAUGAUAGAGCACUCUGAGAGACUUCAGAAUCUUGUUAACGAUGCUCUUGACAAAGGUGCUGAAAUCGCUGGCAGAGGGAGCUUUGGCAAUUUGGGUGAAGAUGCGGUUGAUCAGUUCUUUCCUCCAACUGUUCUGGUGAAUGUUGAUCACACAAUGAAAAUAAUGCAAGAAGAGGCAUUUGGACCAAUUCUGCCAAUCAUGAAGUUCAGUUCUGAUGAAGAGGUCAUCCAACUUGCAAAUGACUCUAAAUACGGUCUUGGUUGUGCUGUUUUUUCUGGCGACCAGAAGCGUGCCAUCAAAAUAGCAUCUCAACUGCACUGUGGUGUUGCAGCAAUCAAUGAUUUUGCUUCAAGUUAUAUGUGCCAGUCUUUGCCAUUCGGUGGUGUUAAAGACAGCGGGUUUGGAAGAUUUGCUGGCGUGGAAGGCUUGCGUGCCUGCUGCCUUGUUAAGGCAGUUGUAGAAGAUAGAUGGUGGCCAUACGUUAAAACAAUGAUCCCCAAACCUAUUCAGUAUCCUGUCUCGGAGAACGGGUUUGCGUUCCAGCAGCUGCUCGUCGAGACCCUCUAUGGCAUCAGCGUGUGGGACAGGCUGCGGUCGCUGGUGAAUCUGCUGAAGAUGAUCUCGGAGCAGAAAGCCCCGGCGACCAGGAAAAAGAAGCCGAUUAACAGGGACUGAAGAGUUUGGGACAGAUGUUGGGCCAGUUUGCUCUCGUGAUGUUCCUGUCGGUGGUCUGGUCGUUUGGCUGUUUUCCCCGCGCCUAGUUUGGUGGGGAUCAGAUUUAAGCGCACGGUAGCAUAUGUCCAAAUGUAAACGGCCUUUAGAACUAGUGUUCUUUCCUGAAAUUCGAAAUCGACGGUGCAAGCCCCGAUUUUCGAUUUUGAACUCCCAAGAAUGUAAAUGUUGCACGAGUUAGCUGGGACUUUCCGUUCCAGCGCUUCAGAUUUCCAAACGUGUCAGCGCAAUGCUGCCGUGGUUUCGUGUAUGUGUUACUAGUACGUA